UUAACGCCGGCUAUGCAAGCCAAAAUUCAUCGAAAUCGAGAGCGUGCAUUACAGUUGAGAAAGGCGAGAUUAGCCAAAACACCGUAUAGUAAAAAAAGCAAAGACGAAAGCGAGAGUAAAGAAAUUGAUACUGGCGCUGGAUUUUUCUUGGAAGUAGUCAAUGACUCCGAUACUUCGCGUAAUAAUCAAAUCGUAGAAGAACCAGGUGGUCCUAUCAUUGGAUUACUGAAAUGUAUGAAAUGUCAAAAGAACUUUGGAGUAUCUUACCUCUAUAAUAAUUUCGAGUAUAAAAUCUGCGAUAACUGCAGAGAUACAGAUGGCGAGCAUUCGUUGAUCACUCGAACAGAAGCCAAACAGAAAUACUUACUCAAAGACUGUGACUUGGACAUGAGAGAACCAAUACUAAAAUAUAUAUCCAAAAAAAAUCCCCAUAAUCCUCGUUGGGGCCUUAUGAAGUUAUACUUAUUGUGUCAGAUCGAAGAGCGAUGCUAUCAGAUUUGGGGGGAUGAACAAGGUCUCCAAGAUGAAUUAAUCAAAAGAGCGGCUAACCAAGAACAGUCCAGGCAAAAGAAAUUUGACAAGAGAAUUCAAGCGUUAAGGAAAGCCUUUAGAAGUAGUACGUGGACUAAAAACUUAUCAAGACACGAGCAUCGAUUCGCUGAAGGCCAAGAGAUCUACGAUGAAAAAGAAAAUGUCUGGGUCAAGUCAUGUAUUGAAUGUGACUAUCGUGUUUCUUUCGAAAAGAUGUGAUAUGAUGCAUUACGUUAUCAUUAGUUGGAAGCUGAUUCAUGAUUCCUAUUUCUUAACUUUUUAACAGUCAGUCUGAAAUGAAAAUCUUACUGUAACUUAUAAAUACCAGCUUUAAAUAUACGCAUCUAUGAUGUAUAUGACAUAUAUAUUUGUAAGUGUAAUAUCUAAACUUCGAUAAAACUUUAUCACUUCUAAAUUAU